AUGCCUGUGGUAUGCGGCUAUCCACAGAGGCGUUUCACCCCGAUGGUUCUCAGAGUCUAUGUCGACGCUACCGGUAGCGAGCAGCAGCUUCACCACUCCCGCUGCCCGUUCUCUGCGGCUAUCCACAGCGGUGUCUCAUCGUCAAUGUUCCUAGAGUUUACGUUAACGGCAGCUGUGGCGAGUAACAGCUUUAAUACCGCCUCUUUCCCGAUCAUUGCGGCGUACGCCAGCGGCGGCGCACCAUUGGUGUCUAUGGCGUUCGCGUUGACGCCAACUGUGGCAAGCAGCAGUUUCACCACCGCCUCGUGCCCGAAGGCUACGGCCCACAUCAGCGGUGUUUGA